CUUCAAAAAAAGUAUUGCGUAUUAUGGCGUAAGGUUGCUCCCUCAUUCUUCCACCAAUCGCGGUUCGACGUAGGUGAUAAAAGCACGCUGUCAUCGUUGCCAGUCAGUUUCUAUUCUUGGCAUCGUGAGGUACGGACGUUCUCCAACAUCGUCUUACUAACUAGAGGCAAACUUUUUAUUGCGACAUCAUUUAAACGAUCUCAACGUAGUUACACAACCGGUAAAUCCUGUGAAGAUUUGAAGGACACCAAGAUGGCAGGCACAUCGAGAGAUCCUGCUGCUGAACAACUUAACGAUUACAAGAAAAGUUUGAAGGGUGCACCACCUGUAUUGUUAACCGGUAAUGGAGCUCUCAUCGGUGAAAAAAAGGCCAGUCUUACGGCUGGACCAAAUGGCCCAAUUUUAUUACAAGAUUUUGUUUAUCUCGAUGAAAUGUCACAUUUUGCAAGAGAAAGAAUCCCGGAACGAGUAGUGCAUGCUAAAGGAGCCGGCGCUUAUGGUUAUUUCGAGGUUACACACGAUAUAACGAAAUACACAAAAGCAAAAGUCUUUUCUCAGAUUGGAUUAAGAACUCCGAUUGCCGUGAGAUUUUCUACCGUGGGUGGUGAGAGUGGUUCGGCUGACACCGUUAGGGAUCCACGUGGAUUUGCGGUUAAAUUUUAUACCCAAGAAGGUAUAUGGGAUCUAGUUGGUAACAAUACACCUAUAUUUUUUAUCAAAGAUCCACUUCUAUUUCCUAGUUUUAUACAUACGCAGAAAAGAAAUCCUGUGACUCAUUUGAAGGAUGCUGAUAUGUUCUGGGAUUUUAUUUCGUUAAGACCAGAAUCAACACAUCAAGUAUUAUUUCUAUUUUCCGAUCGUGGUUUACCAGAUGGAUAUCGUCAUAUGAAUGGUUAUGGCUCGCAUACCUUCAAACUUGUCAAUUCAUGCAAUGAUAUAGUUUACUGUAAAUUCCAUUAUAAGACCGAUCAAGGCAUUAAAAAUCUUUCAAACGAGAGAGCAGCAGAAUUGAGCGCUUCCGAUCCUGAUUAUUCUAUCCGAGAUCUUUAUAAUAAUAUCGCGAAAGGAAAUUAUCCAUCAUGGACAUUCUCCAUACAAGUGAUGACCGUGGAACAAGCGAAGAAAUUUAGAUGGAAUCCAUUCGAUGUUACAAAAAUAUGGCCGCACAGUGAAUUCCCAUUGAUUCCCGUGGGUAAAUUGGUGCUAGAUCGCAAUCCUGAAAAUUAUUUCGCCGAUGUAGAACAAGCAGCAUUUGAUCCAGCUCAUAUGCCACCUGGAAUCGAACCCACCCCAGAUAAAAUGUUGCAAGGUCGUCUUUUUGCUUAUGGCGAUACACAUAGAUAUCGCGUGGGUCCGAAUCAUCUUCAAUUACCAGUCAAUUGUCCUUACAAAACUAUAUCAACGAUCAACUAUCAAAGAGACGGUCUUAUGGCGGUGUACAAUCAAAAUGGUGCACCUAAUUAUUUUCCGAAUAGUUUCAACGGGCCAAGAGAAUGUCCUGCUGUACGUUCACCACCUUUCAGUAUUACCGGUGAUGUUGAUCGUUACGAACCCGAAAAUGAAGAUGAUUUUGGACAAGCUACAUUAUUCUGGAGAAACGUACUUGAUGCUAAUGAAAAGAACAGGUUGGUAGGUAAUUUAGUAGGCAGUUUAAGCAAAGCUUCUCUGUUUAUAAUCGAAAGAGCGGUGAAAAAUUUCUCUCAAGUUGAUAUCGAAUUGGGUAAGAAAUUGACCGAAGGUUUGCGUAAGGCUGGAGUACCAAUAAAUUUAUCUGAAAAAUCUGCUCGUCUAUAAGGAUUUCAGAUUUUUUAUUAUCGAACAAAACAUAUUAUAUUUUGCACUAUUUUUUUAUUUGUAUACUAAUAAUAUAACUG